CCCAAAAUUGACUUAGUUUCGAUUUGUUAACGACAUCUGAUAGUUGUUCAAUCACAUACCGGCAUCGCGAUGAAAUUGUUUGUUGUACUCUCCGCCAUUGUUGUGGUUGGCUCAGCGCUGCCACAAUUCGGUGGCUCGAAUGCCAACGCCAAUGCUGCCGCUAACGCAGCUUCUGAAGGAGGUUUCGGUGGCGGAUUUGGUGGUAAUCCAGGAUUCGGUGGCAAUCCAGGAUUCGGUGGAAAUCCAGGAUUCGGUGGUGGUUUUGGCCGCCCAGGAUUUGGCGGCUCUCGCGGUGGUUAUGGCGGCGGUUUUGGCGGAAAUCCUGCAUUCGGUGGUGGUUUUGGCCGCCCAGGAUUCGGUGGCAAUCAAGGCUUCGACGGCGGUUAUGGUGGAAAUCCUGGAUUCGGUGGUUUUGGCGGUGGUUCCAGCAGUGCCAAGGCUGAUGCUAACGCUAACGCUAAUUCCAAUGGUGGUGGUUUUGGUGGCAGCUCGGCUAAUGCAAAUGCCGAUGCAUCUGCUAUCUCGAAUGGUUUCGGUGAUGCGAGUGCCAAUGCCAACGCGAAUGCUAAUGCUGGCUCCAAUGGAUUUGGAUUUGGAAAAUAAGCGCACACACACACACACACCAACACACAAGAGAUUUCGAACAUUGAUAUUUUCAUGACUUAUUGGAAUGUGCAUUUGUAUGGAUGCCGCUCACACCUCAGACUGCCCAAAAACGCUACACUAGGAUAAACGUUAUUUUAAAUUUGUAUCUAUGUUUGUAUGUAGUAUAUAAGAUAAUUUCGUACAGAGAAAUGAA